CGGUGCUAGAGAGCUUGAUCAUUUCAUAACAAAGGAGGAGGGACUAUUACAUAUUACUGAUACUUGAAUGUUUCAUUGUAACUCGGAAACAUCCCGUGGACGGAAGACAAUGCAAAUUGUUUAGUGACUAGACUUCGAGCUAAGCUCCAGUGUUAGUGUUUGCAGACAGACAUUAAACGGAAUCAAAGAUGGCUACAGCUCUGGCCAACAGGGCGAUGGGAGCCAUCGUGGGAUCAGCGGUUGCAGAUGCAGCAGCUCAGCCCCUGCACUGGGUGUACGACCUGCAGAAGCUGCAGGGGAUUCUGGCUCAGGAUCCAAACCCUGAGUUUCGCCCAGAGUCGGCCAACCCUUUCUACAGGAGGCAGACAGGCCAGCAGAGCUGCUAUGGAGACCAGGCUUUUGUCCUGCUGGAGUCCUUGUCUGAGUGUGGAGGUCUAGAUGUUGAUGAUCUGAAGCAGCGUACCCUGAAAUUCUUUGGACCCGGGUCAGAGUACGACACUCCUGUCAAUGAUCCUUACAGAGAAAGAGGAGGGCCAAGACCUCAGCUGCCCAUCGAAGGACCAUGGAGACAAUCAAGUUUGAAGAGCUUUCUGAAGAAUGUGGAUGCAGGCAAAGAGGAGACAGGCUGUGAGAAUGACUGUCAGAUUGACGGCAUAGCCAAGCUGGCUCCUGUUGUGGCUUUUUAUGCCGGACAGCCUGACAUGCUGAGUAAGGUGGAGCAGGCAGUCCGUGUCACCCAGAAUAAUGAUGAAUGUGUGGCAGAGACUCUGGCAGCUGCAAGGAUCCUUGAACAUUUCAUCCUGAAUGGUCCUGAUCCAAAAGCCUUGGACUCUGUGCUGAAGCAGCUUAGUGACCCGAACAGAAAGCAGCCGCAGGACCUGGACAAAGCAGUCAGUGCACACCUUCAUCAGGUGAAGGAGAAUCUGUCAAAGAAACAUCAGGAGGUCAUCCCAACUGUGUUUCCAAACACAUGAGGUUUGCCAGGUGCGUUCCAGGCAGCGCUACAUGGAGUCCUGACAGCCGAGCGUUACGAGCAGGCUAUCAGAGACACCAUGAGCUGCGGGGGAUGCACCUGUAGCAGAGGAUCCUUCAUUGGAGCCUGUCUUGGGGCUCAGGUGGGACUGGAGGGGAUUCCCGCUGGCUGGUCUUCCAAAACUCUGCGUUAUGACUCAGUGUUGGAGCAUGCCAAGAAGAUCACCAAACACCACCAGUAGUUUGUCUUUUGGGGCAGAGUGAUGUGAAACAAUCGAAGAACAAAAGAAAAAGUGUUGAGCUUUUACAGAACAGUGGAUGAAGGUUCAUGUCUAAACUGUUGGAUGGCAGGAGCUGGAUGUUUUUGUCUCUGUUUAAGUUUGAAAUUUUUCUGAAUAAAUGAAUCCUUAAAAUGCAUAAAACUGA